AUGUCUUCUUCGCCCGAGACUAAGGGCUUCGACUCAAAGGCCAGAGAAGCAGAAUAUCAAGCCCUUUGGCAAACCUGCGAUCGCGCCACAAGAAGUGGCGACUACAUCUAUGCCGACGGGGAGACAAAGCGUGAAAUCUUGCGCAUUGCUUGCUACGAUCGUCUUGAGAGGAGACGUGCUCAGGGCAAGACUAUGUGCAGAACCAACGUGACCAGCAUGGUCGAUCUUCAUAUUCAACGCGAAGUCACUCGUCUCCGCUAUCGCGCGCCUCCUCGCAGGAUGCAGGCCGCUGUUCCUGCUCCGAACCCGGCCCCGAACUUGGUUCCUUUCCUUGCCGAGCCCCAGCAUUACAAUGCCAACCCUGCGGCUUUCAACCCCGCUCAGAAUCUAGGUCAAAUCCCCUAUUUAGCUAUCCCGCAGAGUCAGCAUCUGCCUCAAGUCCCGGCGGUGCCCCCUGGUUUGGACAUGCCGAUGCACACCGAGAGCCAUACCGUCCGUUCUUUAUGUGACGAAGUGGCCGCUCAGAAAGAGCUCAUGGAGAGAUUGGUCAAUACCCUCCGCGGCUACCACAGACGGAUCGUUACACUCGAGGGUCAGAUGCAACAGAUGAGCCAGGAACGCCGAACUGCAGCCUUUGCCCAGCCUGUCUAUCCCAUUCACUAUGCCAUGCAAUAUCCGUUGGAAGGUCUCAAUAGCGGUGACCUCAACUUUGCCAUGGAAGGGCAGGUGACGCCUGCGAGCCAGAUCUCGGACGGAAAUGGGGAUGAAGAUGGUCAAGAGGGAGGCGCACCAUUGGUAGAAGCUUGA